AUGGUGAAUCUUCAGAUGGUGAAGGCAUUGGUGGACUUUUGGAAUCCUCCGUACACAUGUUUUACGAUAGAUGGAAUCGACAUGGUCCCUACAAUUGAAGAGUACUCCUCGCUACUGCAUUUGAUGACACGGCGAUCACCCUAUCGCACUUAUGUGCCUGAUUCUAGGAUUUCCUUAGCACGGGAGUUGUAUAACCUUGCUGGGGUCAAGAUUCAACGAACGGAAGGGGAAAGCAAAGGGAUCACUUGGAAAUGCUUGAAGGAGUUGUGGGAAGAAGAGAAAGGUGAAGAGGUUCAGAUACAUUUGGUCGCACUGGCCAUAUAUGGCCUAAUUAUAUUUCCCAAAGAAUUAGGGACCAUUGAUAGAUCCACUAUUUCUUUUGUGGCGCAAGUAAAGAAUGGGGCUAAUCCGGUUCCCGGGAUUUUGGCAGAAACCUUUCGAUCUCUUAACAAAUGCAGGAGCAAGGGUCAGGAGCGACUGAAAUGCUACGUAUCAUUACUCUAUGUUUGGUUUGCCUGUCACUUGCCAAGUAACCAAGGGGGGUACCGUAACACCUUUUCAGCUCUUCGAAUCCCCUUAGCCGAGUUCGAAGAGGCUCAGCAGAAUAUUCAAUGGAGCAAGGCUAACUGGAAUGAAAAAUUACACAAACUGAGGGAGUUGGGAUUAGUUUGGCAAGCGCCAUGGAUGAACCAUUCCAACAUGAUGUAUCGAUGUGGAAACUUCCCGUGGGUCCCGUUAUUAGGUCCAUGGGGAGGAAUAGCAUACGCUCCUUUGAUGGCAAGAAGGCAAGUGGGAGCGUCUCAGUUUGUGCCUAUGACUCACGGAUUAGCCGACUCGGACUUCGCAUAUGAAGUAGGAGACACUCAAGAUCAAAUUAGAAAGUUCAUGGUGGCUUGGAAACAUGUGCACCUAAUAGGUCCAGGUGAUGGAAUUGCCACAAUCCAAGGAAAUUAUGACUUAUGGCGGGAAAACCGAGUAAACCCCCGACUCAAAAGAAUCCCAGAAGUUGUUAUUGAGCAUGUUAAAUCACCAAGCGUGUGCAUACAAUUGAAGCCACAAAGGGAUCCAUGCCUAGUAGAAAAGGGAGAUGCAAGAGCAGAAGUGGGGAAUCAGCAAAAGGAGGCUCUAGUCUCUGUCUAUCGCAAAGAAAUCAAGCGAUAG